CCUUCCUUCCUGGCUGGAGAGCUGUAUCUUCAGAUGAAUGGUUGUUUCCCCCUUUAAAGAAAAUGACUGAUCAUUGCAAAGAAAUCGUGACCUUUGAAAAAAUUAAUAAAGUUAUGGAGAGCAAAAAACUUAUUAGUGCAACGGACAUUCAUCAUUCAGGAACAUUGUUGCAGUCUCUAAAUGAGCAGCGUGCCCAAGGACUAUUCUGUGAUAUUACUAUAAUCGUGGAAGAUCGCAAAUUUCGUGCACAUAAGAAUGUCUUGUCAUCUGCCAGUAGCUACUUCCGUCAACUUUUCACUCUCGAUGUCACUAGCAACAUAUAUGGACAAGUCCUUGAAUUGAACUUUGUCAGAGCAGAAGUAUUUGCAGAAGUCCUGAAUUUUAUCUACAGCUCCAAAUUGGUACGUGUAAAUGCUGAACUUGUGAGUGAGUUAAUUCAGUCUGGGCAGGCCCUGGGGUUAAAGUUCCUUGCUGACUUAGGGGCAUCUCUUUCAAAGUUAAAACCAGUAGCACCUGCUACAGACAGUGCAGCUUCUAUGACAAAUUCCAAGAGUGACACUUCACAGAAAAAUGCUGCUGAUCCAGCAGCAGAACCUGAAUGCUUAAUUGUGCAUGUAGAAGAAGGAGGUCUGGGACCACGAAUAACUGAUGCUUUCUCUUUGUCUAGUGAAGAGUUUAGGGAUUCUAAAGGUAAUGGUAAAGACUUGGCCAGCGGUGAAGACUCGGAAGAUAACGAUGAUGUCAUUUUCUGCAGUGAAAUUGCACCACCUAAACAAUCUUCCAAAGUAGCUACUAACAAUUUAUUGCAAACAAAUAUUAUUCCCAAUAUAUCAGUGAGUUCUGACAACUUAGUUCAAACAAAACAAGUUACUCUGUUGCCAGAGGCAUCCUUGAAAGUUGGUGAUUUUAAGGUCAAAAGCUCAGACACUGGCACAGGAAGCGGGCAGAACACUGUAAUUAGCCAGCAAAGCAUGAAGAUUCUAGACACAAAGUAUAUUCAAGAUGGAAAACAGCCUGUAACCAUAGUUAAAACAGCUGCCAUUGAUACUUUGUCCAAAGGUUGCAGAGUCUAUGCAAAUAUUGACACAAACCCCAACACUUAUCACAUUGUGGUACCAAACAAAGAUGACUUAACCAGCCGUGAACCCAAACAAAACAAGGAACCUAGGUCCCCUGAAAAAAAGUUACUGCUAAUUGGAGACAAGGUAUCUGGUGAUGAAGGCCAGUCAAGUAUUCAAAUCAUGCCUGAAAAUUCUGCUAAUCAUAUAAAUAACUCAAGACCUGUAUUCAUUAAUGAUCAGCACUUUCCAGAUGCAAAACGAAUGAAAAGGGAACAAGAUCAUUACGAGUUAGUUGUGGAUGGACGAGUCUUUUAUGUUUGUAUUGUUUGUAAGCGAUCAUAUGCCUGCCUGACUAGCCUGAGAAGGCAUUUCAAUGUUCAUUCCUGGGAGAAGAAAUACCCUUGCCAUUACUGUGAGAAAGUGUUCCCUCUGGCAGAAUAUCGUACUAAGCAUGAAAUUCUCCACACCGGUGAACGGCGAUACCAGUGCUUAACCUGUGGCGAAACCUUCAUCAACUACCAGGUGAUGGCAUCACACAUAAGGUCAGUCCAUAGCAAAAAGACCGGCAAGAGUGCAGCUGAGGAUGAGACUGUCUCCGAUUCCAAACUUUACCGCUUACUGCCGUGCAAAACCUUACAGAUUAGGCAGUAUGGAUUCUUGACUGCAAGUGAAUCAGGUCCCAUGGCUGAGAUUAAUGAAGAUGGAAUUGUAUAUCAUGUUGAUGAUGAUGAUGAUGUUACAGUAACUCCACAGCAGACUCCCCAGACCAUAGGAAGCAACAAGUCAACAAGUUGGGACGAUAUUUUUCCUCAGGAAGGCACUCCUGUUUAUAGGUACAAUUCCUUAGAUGGCAAUUCCGAAUUAGAGUUUGUCAUACCAGAGUCCUUCAGAGAACUGGCAUAAAUUAAUUCAAACUAUGAUGGAACUGAACAUAGUAAGAAAAUGGACUGUGAUACCUGCUAAACAGUUGACAGACAGCCAUUGGUGAUAUUAAUGUACUAACAGACCAGGUUGUGUUUCAGGCAAACAAAAGAUUCAGUGGCUGGACCAUUGUAUAGGUAACUUGCAGUCUUUUUUUACUGUUAAAUGUAAUGAUGUCGGUGUAGUAUACAUCAUGAUUAUUAAACAGAAUCUAAUCAUGGUUUUGAACUAAAAUCCAGUUUCUAAAGGAGCUUCAUUGGAAGUGGCCAGAAGCCAGUGGACAUUUAUAUCUGAUGUAUAGUAUUGAAAGAGUUUUCAAUUUCUUUUGCUGAUCAAACAGCCUUUACCCAGAUGUUUAUUUUUUGCAUACUUCUGGUCAGAAACUGAAUUUGUGAAAUUUUGUGUAUUAGCACUUUUCAUUUUACAUUAUAGGGCUGGAAUAAAAGGCUGCUGUUGAUUUCUUUUUCUGGUGAAUCCACAAAAAAUCAUGUACCUAAAGUAGCAAAUCACUUUACCCUCCAAUAUUUAUCAAUCUUUAAUUAAUCACUAUGUCCUCCUUCCUAAAGUGACACCUCACUGUCUUUAAGACAUGAAGCCUAGAGGGUCACUGGAGAGCAAUCAAAAGUACUGGAGAGUGUCAUGCUUAAUUUUGGUAACAGUGCCAUUAAACAAAGCUUCACAAUGGUAGAAAGCUUAGUUCUAGCCUUUAUUGAUAUAGUGAUGGACAGGUGUAAAUGCUGCUGUAAGUAGCUCUGUCACGAACACCACAAAAUUGAAGAGUAACGAUAGGAGGUUCACAUCCUUAUUAAACAACCAUAGUUCAACCCUGAAAGACUGUCUUUGAUUCCAUGAUCAUUCAUCUUGCAGUUUUAAUCACUCUUUUACAAAUUUAUCGUAAUAAUGUAUACAUUUGAUUUUUAAAAAAUGUGCCUAACUAAACUAGAUUAAAUAAAUAUAGAAUCAGUGAUGGGACGAGAUGUGUUAGGAAAAAAAACUAAUCUAACUUGCGAGAGUGGUGCUGAGUCCAUAAUGCAAGGUGACUUAUUUUGGAUGACCCAAUACCAAGCUGACUCCUCAUUGGCCAUUGUCUUGUUAUUUGUUAUAUUGAUUAUAUCUAUCAAGCUAGAUGCUAAUGCAGUACUUUGGGAUGAAAGCUUUUAAAUCUAGCAGUUCGAGAAAUGAACGGAUAUUUACAAUAUUUACAAUGCCUGGCUUACCUGAGAUAUGCAUGUUAAGUGAUAUUUUCUUGUCAGUUUUCAAUUUCUCAAAUAUUUUUCUCAUUUGUUUUUCUACUGUGAAAUUGGUAGUCGGUAUGAUUUUAAAGAGCAAUAUCUAGCUUUCCAUCUUCAUAGUGGAAUAGCUCCAUAAUUGUAUUUUUAAUAAAUGAUUAGGGACUUAAUUUAUCAUUUUAUAGCUCCAAUGAUUGUACUGCUAAAGUAAUUUUUGGGCUCAUAGCCAUUCAGAAGGCUUUAUUAAUCAGGUGGUUGAUGCAGUUUAAGAUGCCUUUUCACCCAAAAUGAUUUUAAGAUUUUUAAAUUGAAAUCUUCCCAACUGAGAAAAAACUGAAAAUGUUUUGUUAGCUUAAAUGCCACAGCUGUGGUUUACAUCAUUAACCCGGUCUAUCAUUACCGUGGUAUACAUUGUUAAAAACAAAAUGAUUAUGCUAUCAUGUCAAGUACUGUAUGCUUACAAUAUUGGAAAUGUGUUUCGUAGCAAACUCCUGUUUAGUACCUAUGCAGGGGUAAACUCUUAGCAAAAUGAUUUUUUUGUAAAUGCACCACUGUAUGGAUCAACAUUGUACAUAUGUUUCACUUUGGGGAAGAAAAUUGGUCCUUCAAGUAAGUCUUCAAAAUUGUAGAAAAGUAAUAAAAAAGGAAUAGCCUAUCAUUUUGUUUGUAACAGUUUUGCAUGCAUAGAUUAGAACAAAACUGCAGAAUAGCAAAUCUUUUUACAAUUGCAUUACAGUAAUUUUUUUCUAAUUAUCUGCAAAUUGGAAAAAUUAUGUUGGUCUGUUUAAUACUGUUACGUCCUAUUGUGCAAGCAAGAUUAAUGCUUUU